UGCACGUUGACGACCGAGCUGGGCGUGUGGUGUGGAGUCGGAAUUAGGCUUGACUUUAAAGAAAGAGACGAGUUGGUUAAACUAUGGAUUGUUUUAAAAUAUUUUAAGUUACUAAUUCUUUAUAUUACAAGUUCAGGUUUUCAAGGUCUUUCACCUUGGAAAUUAAGUUCCUAGUCAUCAUUGUUCAUCAUGAUCAGUAUAUCAAGACAUUUAUUAGCAUUAAUAUUGCUGGUGAUACCAGCAUUUGCUGUUGUAAAAAUAUCUGUACCACAUGAUAUUCAACCAGGUUAUAGUAUUAAGAAAUUGCAUUCUGAAGGUCGGAUAAAUAUAAUUGAAAAUGAAGUGUCUCCACAUUUUGCUCUACUUAGUGAUGGAUCUCUGAUAUCAACGGCAAGGUUAUCUGAUUUAGCCGGAAGACGUAUUGAGCUCAUGAUCCAAGAAGAGAAAAAGGAUGGAAUUCAGUUUCAUCCUUUUGUUAUUCAUGUUAGGGAUAGAAGUAAAAUGCUGUCAUUUCCCAAACCUGAAUACCAUGGAUACAUAUAUGAAAAUGAAUUACCAAAUUCUGUUGUUAAGCUUGGAAGCCCAUUAACAGUUCUAAACUCAGUUGGAAAUGUAUCGUAUUCUCUAUCGGAUAGUGAAAAUUUUCGUAUUUUUAUAAAAGAUGAUGUUCUGUUAUUGUCCACAAAAAAGUUAGAUAGAGAAAUACAAAAACAAUGCUUAUUGAUUUUGAAUGCUAUUGAUUCGGAUGGAAGCACCGCAAGUACUACUAUUAAAGUAUACAUUAAAGAUAUUAAUGACAAUGCUCCUGUGUUUUAUAAAAGCUAUUACAAAUGGAAUAUACCAUUGGAUACCCCUCCCUAUUCAAGAAUUGGCAUUAUCAAGGCCACUGAUGCAGAUGGUGAUAAAGUUGUGUAUGGUUUUGUGAAUACCAAUAAAUAUCCAUUUAUUAUAGUACCUCAAACUGGUGAGAUUUUACUUGGAGGGGAGCUGGAGCCCAAAUUAUACGAGUUAAUGGUGUUGGCAAAUGAUAAUCGUGAACCUAAAUUGUUCAGCGAGUCUGUACCUGUAACCAUUUCAGUGGGUAAUAUAGAUGCAAAUGAGACCAAACAUAGUGAGCAGCCUCUCAAGCGACAAAAACGUGCUGUGCGCCAGACAAGAACUUAUGAGCAUUUUUUGGAAUCAGAUGGAAGUACCCCUGGAAAAGUGAUGUUCCGUUUAGAUAGUGUUCACCCAGAUGAAGUGUUUAAUCUUGAAAAUGAAAGUCGCUGGAUAGAUGUUGACCAUAAUGGUGAUGUGAAAGUGAAAGAGCCUUGGGAUUAUGAGCAACUUGAGCGAGAGAAGACCAUUGAUUUUUGGGUUAAAAUCAGAGCUCCCCUGCAACCUGAACCUGAUCGUCAGCGGAUCAUCAUCCAUGUGCAGGAUGCCAACGAUGAGAACCCGUACUUCAUCAACCGCCCCAUGCCGAUGCAAGCAGUGGUGCAGCUGAAUGCGCCGGCCGGCACCUCAGUAUUUAAAUUGCAAGCUCGGGAUCCGGACUUGGAUAGCAAUAUUCAUUAUUACUUAGUCAGAGACAGAACUGGAGGUCGUUUUGAAGUUGAUGAAAUUUCUGGAGAAGUGAGGACUGUUGGAAAUGAGCCUUUCAAUCUAGACCAAGAGUAUGUUAUUUAUGUGAAAGCAGAAGAUCUGAACGGCAUGAAAGUGACGGGGAAGGAGCAGUCAACUGGCGAAGAAAGACUGUCCAUUAUUGGAGGGAAAAGACCACCACAGUUUUAUAUGCAGUCAUACUCUGCUACAAUAUCUGAAAACAAGAAAAAAGAUUCUGAAAUAAUUCAGGUCAAGGCCAUGUCUUUUGCUAAUCGUCAGAUACGUUACAUUUUGGGAACAAAAGGCCAAGGUGCUGGAACAUUUAUAAUAGGGCCAACUGAUGGUAUAGUGAAGUUAGCUAAAGAUCUGGAUUAUGAAGAUCUUCGUCAGCCAAAGAAGUAUUCUCUCCAAAUUACUGCUGUAGAAGAUUCUGGUGGAUUUCAAACUUCUGUCGAGUUAACAAUUGAUGUAACAGAUGUCAAUGACAAUCCUCCAAGAUUCGAAGUUCCUGAUUAUCAAGCUUAUGGUGUACCUGAAGAUGUACCUAUUGGAACUUCCAUUUUACAAGUAUCGGCAACUGAUGCCGAUUCUGGAAAAAAUGCUGAAAUUGUGUACUCUCUGGACAAGGAUGACUUCACCAUUGAUUCCCGUGGUGUUAUCUUUUCUAACAAACGGCUGGAUGCUGAUAUUGUUAAUACUUAUGAACUCACGGUUCGGGCUGUUGACAAAGGUGAACCACCCCUUACUGGUACUGCCACAGUUCGUGUGUAUACAGAGAACAGAAAUGAUGAAGCUCCCAAAUUUAGCCAAGAUGUCUACACCCCAAGUGUAGAUGAAAACGCUGGCCCUAAUACAUUGGUGACUACUGUUGUGGCAAGUGACAUAGAUGGUGAUAAUGUCAUAUUUGGUUUCUCAGAUGGCAAUACCAAAUCUGGAAUGUUUGAAAUAGAGAAAAGAACAGGAGUCAUUCGUCUGAUUGAUGGAUCAAUUCAUUUGGAUAAGGACAAAUAUGAAUUGAAUGUUACUGCAAAAGAUGAUGGGGCAUGCUGUAAAAAUGGUGCAUUGACAACACAUACUAGUACUGCUCUAGUUGUUGUAUUUAUAACUGAUGUGAAUGAUAACAAGCCUGUGUUUGAGCAGUGUGAUAGUUAUAAUCCUAAAGUUGAAGAAAAUGCUGAAAGUGGCACUUUUGUAAUUAAGGUUCAAGCUACCGAUCAGGACAAAGGUUAUAAUGGACAGGUGAGAUAUUCUGUAGUGCAACAGCCUAAUCAGAGUGGAACAAAGUUCAUUGUUGAUGAAAUUAGUGGAGAGCUCAGAACGAAUAAGGUUUUUAACAGAGAAGGAGAAGAUGGUCGCUAUGUAAGUGUUACUUUGAAAGCCACGGAUAGAGGUAACCCUCCUUUAGAAGGUGUGUGUUCAUUCAAAGUGGAAAUCGCUGAUGUCAACGAUAAUGCACCAUUAUUUCACCGCUCAGAGUAUCAUGAAAACAUAAAACAGGAUACACCAGUUGGAAACAAUGUCCUGCGUGUUGCUGCUUCUGAUGAGGAUGCGGAUAAUAAUGGUGUUGUGGUAUACAGCCUUUACCCUAGAUCAGUUGAAGAUGAAGGUUAUUUUGAGAUCAACCCAGAAUCUGGAUGGAUUCGCCUGAAGAAGCCUUUAGAUAGAGAGCAAUAUUAUCUGAGGGCUGAAGCAACUGAUAAAGGAAUUCCUCCUCUCAAGUCCUCUGUAAAUGUUAUAAUUGAAGUUGUUGACAGGAAAAAUAAUCCUCCUGUUUGGGAUCAACCAAUUUAUGGUCCUAUUUUUGUUUUUGAGAAUGUUCAACGAGAUAUGAAAAUUGCAGCGCUGAAAGCAAGAUCUGGAAUUCCUGACAAUCCAAAAGUCAUCUAUACUAUAAUUAAAGGAGGAACUGAGCAAACUAAUGGAAAAGAUACCUUUUAUUUGAAGCAGUAUGAAGAAGGUGAAGAAACAUGGGCUGGAAUUUUCGUUAAUUAUGCUUUAGACUAUGAAAAAGUCCAGCAGUAUAAUCUGACAGUUAGAGCUGAAAAUGCUGGAGCUCAGCAGUUGGCUAGUGAAGCAACAGUUUAUAUUUUGCUGAAAGACGUAAAUGAUGAAAUUCCAUUAUUUGUAAAACAAGAACAAGAAACAGUUCUUGAAGGAAUGCCCAUUGGAACUAAAGUCACUCAGAUUCGAGCAGUUGAUAAAGAUGGCACUUAUCCAAAUAAUAAGGUAUAUUAUUCAAUUGAGUCCAAAGAUGAUGGAGAUAAAUUUCGUAUUGAUCGUGAAACUGGAGAAAUAUUCACUAAAGAAGUGUUUGAUCGUGAAGAGAGACAAACUUAUGUUAUCAUUGUGAAAGCUGAAGAUGGUGCUCCAUCUGCUAGACCCAAUGUGCCUGCACCAGAACCUAAUUCAGUUACCAAGUACAUCCGAAUCGGUAUCGGCGACAAGAACGACAAUCCCCCUUACUUCGAGCAAGCCUCCUACGAAGCUGAGGUCAACGAGGAUGAGGACAUCCAGCACACAGUCAUCACUGUCACCGCCAAGGACAAGGACGAAUCUUCUCGCAUCCGGUACGAAAUAACAGCUGGAAACAUCGGAGGAGCCUUCGCUGUCAAAAACGAAACCGGGGCCAUCUACGUUGCGAGUCCGCUAGACUACGAAACCAGGAAAUUUUACAAUUUGACGCUGGUGGCAUCGGACACUUUAUUCGAGAACAGUACAACGGUAAUCAUUAAAGUGAAGGACAUCAAUGAUUUGCCCCCGAAGUUCAGCCAAUCUCUCUAUCAAACACACAUCCUGGAAGAAGAUUCUGAUGGCCUGCCCAAGAGAAUUCUUAAGGUUCAUGCUACUGAUGGCGAUCUGGACCGAAAUUCUGAAAUCCUUUACUUUCUUACUGGCCAAGGCAUUGAAGACAGGGUGGAGAACAGCAAGUUCGCCAUCAACGACACUUCUGGCGAGAUCUAUGUCCUCAAGCCCUUGGAUCGAGACUUGCCUCACGGUCGCUCGCAAUGGAGGUUCACCGUCUACGCCACGGACGAAGGUGGCAAAGGCCUCGUUGGUUACGCCGAUGUCUUAGUCAACCUCAAGGACAUCAACGACAAUGCCCCCUUCUUUCCCCAGGCUAUAUAUACAGGGAAUGUCACAGAAAAUGGAACAGCCGGAAUGACGGUAAUGACGAUGACGGCUACCGAUUAUGACGACCCCAACGAAGGCUCCAAUGCAAAGCUCAAGUAUACAAUUGAACAGAACCAGGUUAAUGAAAACCAUGAGUUGAUAUUUGCUAUCGAUCAAGAUACUGGUGUCAUCAGCACAGCUGUCUGCUGCCUAGACCGUGAAGCAAUAUCAGAAUACACUAUAAAAGUGGUCGCUACUGAUGGAGGAGGAUUGCAAGGUACUGGCACUGCAACUAUAAAAGUGAAGGACAUCAAUGACAUGCCUCCAGUUUUCACCAAGAAGGAGUGGUAUGUCCAGGUAGAUGAGACUGAAGGUGAUGAUAUUCCUGAACUUCCUAUUCUCGUCGUCUCUGUGAAAGAUGAAGAUUUGUUGGAAACAAACCGUUUCAGUUAUAAAGUUAUAAACAAUACAUUUGGUGCAGAUAAGUUCACAAUGGUUACAAAUUCAGAUGGAACUGGGUCACUUAAAAUUGCAAAGCCUUUGGAUUAUGAAGAUCCAAUGCAAAGAUAUGGAUUUAACAUCACUAUCCAAGUGAGUGACCAUGGUGGGGAAACAUCAAACACGUAUCACAUUGAUUACUCAAAAGUUUUCAUUCGGCUGAUAGAUAUAAAUGACAAUCCUCCGGAGUUUACUGAUCCCAUACUGAAAGCCAGUGUGCAAGAAAAUGUAACUAUUGGCUUUGUCAUAAAAAAAUUCCAUGCUCGUGAUCCUGACCAGGCUGGAAAAUCAACUGUUAAGUAUUCUAUUGACAGAUCUUCUGACCGAAGAAGACAAUUCAAAAUCGACCAGCAAGGUGUAGUAACCAUCCAAAGAUCUUUGGAUCGAGAAACUGUAAACCGCCAUGAUAUUAAAAUUCUUGCCACUGAUGAUGGUAUUCCAACGAGAACAGCUACUGCCACUUUGCUAGUGGAUGUGAUUGAUGUUAAUGAUAACCCACCUCAUUUCCGAGAAGACUAUCGUCCUGUUGUAAUGGAAAAUACAGAUCCACCUGUGAAAGUGAUUGAAAUCUUUGCCGAUGAUCCAGAUUUAGCUCCAGAAAGGAAACCAUGGUUCAAGUUUCAAUUAGAUUCAAAUGCUGAUAAAACAAUCAAGGAUUCCUUUAGAGUAGUUUUCAAUAAAGAUGGAGAUAAUGGAAAGGGUUCUGCCACUGUUUGGACUCAAGUGAAAUUCGAUCGAGAGCAACAAAAAGAAUACCAUGUGCCCAUAGUGAUUGCUGAUAGUGGUGUUCCUUCUCUCACUAGCACCAAUACUCUCACUGUUAUAAUUGGGGAUGAAAAUGAUAAUGUGAUGCGGCCGGGAGAAAAGGACAUUUUUGUUUAUAAUUAUACAGGUGCAACCAAACCAACAAGACCCAUUUUAAUUGGAAGAGUUCAUGUUGAAGAUGCAGAUGAUUGGGAUCUUCCAGACAAAGUAUUCUAUUGGAAAGAUAACAACGAACAUCCUAAUUUUGAAUUGGAAGUUGAAACUGGUGAAAUAUUCAUGAAAGACAUGGUUAGUGGAGGAAAAUACACUCUUCAUUUUACUGUGGUAGAUCAAAAGAGAAGUGAAGAAGUUUCAGCCAUUGUUUAUGUGACAGUUAAGGAAAUACCUGAAGAAGCUGUUUACAGUUCUGGAUCAAUUAGAAUAGCUGGGCACUCUGAUGAAGACUUUAUUCGUAUUUGGGACUGGAAAAAUAAAGUUCAGGUUGAAAGCAAAUACAAUAAAUUCCGAGACAUCCUUGCUAAACUGUUGAAGGUAAAGAAAGAAAAUGUGGAUAUCUUUACUGUUUUGAAGCAUCAAGACCAUCCUCCUAUCACUGACAUCAGAUUUUCUGCUCAUGGAUCUCCGUAUUACAAGGCAUCAAAAUUGGAUGGUUUGAUUGCUCUUCAUAGAAAGAAUAUUGAAUCAAUUGUUGGCAUAAAUAUUACAAUGGUGAACAUUGAUGAGUGCCUGUAUGAAGACAAAUGUGAAGACAGCUGUACCAAUUAUCUUCGAGUAUAUGGUGAUCGCCCAGCUACUGUGAAUGCCAACAGAACUUCUCUUGUUGGAGUUCAUGCUGAAGUGCAGGCUGAAUGCACAUGUGGAGCUCGGGACUUUUCUGCCAUUGAAACUUGCAAAGCAAGACCAAAACCCUGUUAUAAUGAUGGAAUUUGCUCAGAUAAAUUUGGUGUCAUCAACUGCACAUGUAGAGAAGGUUAUAGUGGCCCUCAAUGUCAAAAAACCACCCGUCACUUUGGAGGUGAUGGUUUUGCUUGGUUCCCACCUUUGCAGCAGUGUGAAACAUCUCAUUUUCACAUAGAAUUCAUGACACAGAGCGCAAAUGGUUUACUUCUGUAUGAUGGUCCCAUGUCUGAAGCUGAUCCAGGUGAAACUGUCGUUCAAGAUUUUUUCUCAUUGGAGUUACAGAAUGGAAAACCUCGUUUGCUUAUUGAUUUUGGAUCUGGAACUACAGAAAUUGUUAUUGAAGUCAAGUCAAGUCUAAGUGAUGGUGGUUGGCAUAAACUGGAUGUGUACUGGGAUCGCACGAUUGUGCGAAUGGUGGUGGAUAAUUGCCAGACUGCUGUAAAUCAAGAUUUGGAUCCUCCAGUAGCAGAUCGAGGUUCUUGUGAAGGCAGCUCAGCCAUCAAACCAUUUAAUGAAUUCUUGAAUGUGAAUGGCCCUCUGCAGUUAGGAGGUGUAAAGCAUCCUGUGUUAUCAUCUUACAAAUGGAAUUUUGCUCACACCAGGAAGGGAUUCAAUGGUUGUAUCAAAAAUGUUAUUCAUAACAGUGAGAUGUAUGAUCUCGCAAGUGUUGGUGAGUCUCAAGACAGUAGGAUUGGAUGUCCACCAGCUGAAGAAUACUGUUACCCCAACCAGAUAGAUAAAUUUUGCCUUCAUGGAACAUGUGAUGGAAAUUUUACUUCUGCUAAAUGUGUUUGCUUCCCUGGAUAUGAAGGGGAACGUUGUGAUAAAAAAACACAAGAGAAAAUGUUUGAGCAGAACAGUUAUAUCAGGUAUGCUUUGACUUUUAAUCCGGGAGAAUAUUCCAAUGAAAUACAGUUGAUGUUUCGAACUCGGCAGAAACAAGGAGAGUUAUUCCGAGCAACAAGCAAGCAUGGCAGGGAAUAUCUUAUCUUAGAAAUAAGAAAUCGAACAUUGCGGUUUCGAUUUAACUUGAAUCAUUAUCGAUCCAGCGAACAAGAACUUUGGCUACCUUAUGUGAGUGUUAGCGAUGGUCAGUGGCAUACUGUGAAUGUGCAACGUUAUGGAAGUACAGCUACCAUUGCUUUAGAUGGUGGUGGAGGAAGGAGAUACAAUGAACUGUUAGAUCAUGUAGAUUUACACCAGGAAUUAGUAAUAGACACAAAGAAUGUAAUUGCUGGAGGUGAUGUUCAAUCUGUUGCUCCCAAUAUUAAUGUGGUAGACAAUGAUUUUCAAGAAGGUUGCAUGAAUGAUAUUCGCUUGGACACCAAGUAUUUACCUAUGGAAAAUGGAUCCCAGUUUGCCUUUGUCUAUGAAUCCAGAAAUGUGAAGUCUGGUUGCCCAUCCAAUAAUCCUUGCCUUGGUGUAUUUUGUCCUCCACCUUUCAUAUGUGUUGAUCUUUGGAUGUUGUAUGAAUGCACAUGCCCAAAAGGUUUUGUUGUAAGCCUCGAUGGCAAGAGUUGCAUUGAUGACGAUGAGUGCAUAUCUCAGCAACCCUGUCUAAAUGGUGGCUCCUGUGUGAAUUUACCAGAUGGGCAAGGGUAUGAAUGCAUCUGUCCAAAUGGGUACUUUGGAAUUCAUUGCAAUGCUGUGAGGGAAGAGAAAGUAAUGCAGUUGAGUGUUGCUGCUAUGGCUCUGAUCAUCUUUUGCAUCUUCGCUGUGCUCAUCUUAGCCCUUGUGGUGAUCGCCUACUCUCGUAUACGCACUCACAAACCCUACGACCAAAAGGACAUAAUUGACGAUGUGCGUGAAAACAUCAUUGUCUAUGAUGACGAAGGUGGUGGAGAAGAUGACAUGAAUGCAUAUGAUAUCAAAACACUGCAAAUUCCUAUUGAUGGAUAUGGAUCCCCGAUGGGAGCCAAAUCUGGUCCAGAAAAGGGACCUGUAAGAGAUCCACACCAGUGGCAAGCUCCACCUGGUGUCCAGCCAGAUGUCGGCGACUUUAUUCGAGAUCAUCAAGACAAGGCAGACAUGGACAUAAAUGUUCCACCCUUCGAUGAUCUGCGCAAUUAUGCUUAUGAAGGUGGUGGCAGCUCAGCUGGUUCUCUGAGCUCUCUCGCCUCCUGCACUGAUGAUGUUGACCAUGACUUUGAAUACCUGAAUGGAUGGGGCCCGCGCUUCCAAAAACUUGCGGAUAUGUAUGGGCAGGGCGAGAGUGAAGAGGAAUAAAAUACGGAGAGAGCAAGAAUCAGUUGCCAAAUUCCUUACAAGCCUGGGCUAAAACUUUGAAUCGACCCUCCCUUUCUGAAUGAGAUAACUACCUUUUUCACAUUGAAAUUUCAGCAAUAAUAUCUUCAUGAUACUGAAAAUUGUAAAGGGACUUAAUAUCAGCAUGUUGUGUAUUGAUAGGUUGAGCAGUUCCAUGAAGAAUGCUAUUCUUCCUCUUCUCUUUAUCUCGUUCUGAAGGUUAGAGUCCCAUUCAUUGCCAAAUGGCAGCUGUUGACAGCCUUUCCUCUGUGAUGCCUUAUUCAGGGUUAUACUCAUCUCAAUGUUGUUUGGGAGAGUAUUCCUGAAGUGUUCUCAUCAUUUUUUAUUACAUUUUAUAAAUAAUGGAUGCCAUAAUGAUGCGGUUCUAAGUAUGCAAUACUGCCAACAUUCAUUUUAAAUAUGUAGAUGCAUACUUAUGAAUCUAAAGUUAUAAUUGUGUUUAUGUGUUUCAUUUCAGGUGAAUGUAGGACUUAAAUAAUUGCAGCUUUAUUUAUCUAUAUUUGUGGAUGUUUUUUAAGCAUUGUUUUAUACAUAUUCACUGUAGUAUUUUUUAUAUUUUGUUUUAUUUAGAUAUAAUAUCUCACAAAAAAAAAAAAAGAAUUCCUAUUUGUGCCACAUGAGGAAAUUUUUCUUAAUUAAAUAUUUUAAUUCAUUUUGCCUAUUUUUAGCAUUAAUUUUCAACAUAAUAAAGGUAUUUUUAUGUUAGUAUUCAAAUGCAAUAUUUUAGUAAGGCAUCUACACUUUGGUUUCUCAUUAAAUAAACUGUAGCUGAUGACUGAAAUAGAAGUUCUUUUUCAAAUCAUGAAUAUUAAUUGUUUUGAUUUUGACUAUGAAUAUCCGUCCAUCUGUAUAAACUAAUCAGAUUGCUCUUUUCUCUAUGUAAAGUGAAGCAGUUACCCAUAUUACAUAGUUUAUAAUUUAAUUUUAAUUUUCAAAUGAUUAAUUAAUGUUUUACAUACAAGUAUAUUUAUUUUUAUUACUUUUGGAUAAAUUGCUUUCUGUCCUAAAAGUGGCAACAUUCCUUGCUUUGUUUUGUUUUAGUGUUAUUUUUUUAGCAGUCUUCCACCUCCCCCUUGAAGUAUAACUAAGUAAGUAGAUUUUUUAAUUGAAUAAAAGUAUAAAAAAAUUAAAAUUUAAAUGUCAUAAAAUAUUUAUGGCUUUUUAAUAUAGUGUGCAAAUUUGAACUCUUAAGGUGCUAUUUUUGUGUUUCUUGAACACUGGCACAAACAUUAAUCAGCAGGUAAUUUCGACUGAACAUCUUCCAUUUGUUCAAAUAUGUAAUAAUUGCACAUUUUGUUUAAUCGAAAAGCUUGGGACGGGAAUCUGUAUCAAUUCAUUAAGAUAUUUAUAUCUACGAUCAGUUUUUGACAAAUAAGUAGAUUGUGUUUUUCUUCUUUAUUCGUUUAAUUGCCUAUAUAUUUGUAAUUUGCCUGGCUUAGUUUUGUAUAUUUUGUGUUUUCCAGUUAUAUUAUAUUCUGGAUUGAGGAAUCAGCUGUAAACAUUCCAUUGUGUUGGAAUUUAGCUGACUGCACUAUUUCAUUUCAAUACAGUGCAGCUGACUCACUGAUCUUGAUUUGUAUUGAAGAAGAUGCUACAUUUCAAAAUGCCAUCUGUGCAGUUACCUGAAUGAUGUUUAAAUAUUCCUCGAUAUCAGUUUAUUGCAUUUGUUGUGAGUCACUCUUUAUGUAUCUCUUUUAUCUUUGAUUCAUUCAUCUGAGAAUGAUGCAGCUGUUUUCAUAAGUAGUUUUGAUUUUACUUUAACUUUUUUAAAUUUUUAUGAUAAAUAAAAUUUGAACAUUUGAUUAUUU